AUGCCGCUAUCCGACGAGCACUGGCGGCGGUUCGGCCCGCUAGCGGCGGGCGCGCUGUUCGGUGCGGCGUGGUGGAUAUGGGUGGACGCCGUCGUGUGCAAUUCCUCCACCGUGCCCUUCCUGCACUACGUCCCAGGUACCGCCUCCCCUGCCGCACUGCGUCCCAGGAACCGCACCCCCCUGCCGCGCUACGUCCCAGGAACCGCACCCCCCUGCCGCGCUACGUCCCAGGUACCGCCUCCCCCUGCCGCGCUACGUCCCAGGUACUGCCUCCCCCUGCUGCGCAACGUGACUGCAUCCAAUUCCACAUUCCCUUUUCCCACCAGCCCGUCUUUUCCCCGUUCCUCUUUUGGUCCCCCGCCCUCCGCAACCAUGGGGUUCGUUACAGGCAUAUUCGCUACAGUGGCGGUGAUGUUCGCCGCCGUGCACCGCGACGAGCUUGGAGACGCCUCAAAAGUUUCCUCCCUUUACCCCUAUCGCCUCGUUACAGGCAUAUUCGCUACAGUGGCGGCGAUGAUGUUUAACGCUGUGCACCGCGACGAGCUGCAUGACUACUCGCCCUACGACGACGGCGCCGGCUGCAGGUCCCCUCCUACCCCGCCCUGCCCUGGUCCCCUCGCCUCCUGCGCUCCUCCUCACCCUGCCGCCCACUCCGCUGCCCUCUCUGCACCAUGCUCUCUCUCCCACUCUUCCCCUCCUCUCCUUGUGCUUUCAUUUCCCGGCCCUGCACCGCUCACCCACGCUCCUUCCUCCUCCCCCCCUUCUCAAGCGACUCUGGCCCCAAUCUGGCAUCACACCACAAGUGCAAAUCGUUCUCCCCCGUCCCCCUCCCCCACCGCCCUCCCCCUCCGCUUCCCCCGCCCGAGCAGGUCGCGCACGUGGCUGUUCCUGGCGUACGUCAUCGCCUUUGCAUCGCUGGCGGGGGCGGCGGGGAUGCUCAUAAAGGACGCGUCGCCGCCCAGCACGUCCUCGUGGCCCGGCGCUGCCGGCGUCUUCCAGUGCGCCUUCAUCAUCGCCAGGUGUGCGCCUUCAUCAUCGCCAGGUGUGCGCCUUCAUCAUCGCCAGGUGUGCGCCUUCAUCAUCGCCAGGUGUGCGCCUUCAUCAUCGCCAGGUGUGCGCCUUCAUCAUCGCCAGGUGUGCGCCUUCAUCAUCGCCAGGUGUGCGCCUUCAUCAUCGCCAGGUGUGCGCCUUCAUCAUCGCCAGGUGUGCGCCUUCAUCAUCGCCAGGUGUGCGCCUUCAUCAUCGCCAGGUGUGCGCCUUCAUCAUCGCCAGGUGUGCGCCUUCAUCAUCGCCAGGUGUGCGCCUUCAUCAUCGCCAGGUGUGCGCCUUCAUCAUCGCCAGGUGUGCGCCUUCAUCAUCGCCAGGUGUGCGCCUUCAUCAUCGCCAGGUGCGCCUUCAUCAUCGCCAGGUGUGCGCCUUCAUCAUCGCCAGGUGCGCCUUCAUCAUCGCCAGGUGCGCCUUCAUCAUCGCCAGGUGCGCCUUCAUCAUCGCCAGGUGCGCACGCUGUCAUCUGCCUGUCAGCAUCGCCAGGUGCGUGCGUGUGUGCUGCCAGGUGCGUGUGUGCUGCCAGGUGCGUAUGUGCUGCCAGGUGCGUGUGUGCUGCCAGGUGCGUGUGUGCUGCCAGGUGCAUGCGUGCUGCCAGGUGCGUGUGUGCUGCCAGGGGCCUGUCAUGGCUCUCCCCUCCUGUCCUAUCGCCCUCUCUCUCGCCCCUCCAUUCCCGUCGCGCUCUCUCUCUCCGCGCCCUUCUCAUCGCCCUCUCUCUCGCCCCUCUCAUCUCGUCGCGCUCUCUCUAUCCGCGCCCUUCCCGUCGCCUCCCUUCCCAUCGCGCUCUCUCUCUCCCCUCCCUUCCCGUCGCCCUCUCUCUCGCCCCUCCCUUCCCAUCGCGCUCUCUCUCUCCGCGCCCUUCUCGUCGCCCUCUCUCUCGCCCCUCUCAUCUCGUCGCGCUCUCUCUAUCCGCGCCCUUCCCGUCGCCUCCCUUCCCACCGCCCUCUCUCUCUCCCCUCCCUUCCCGUCGCCCUCUCUCUCCCCCCUCCCUUCCCAUCGCGCUCUCUCUCUCUCCGCUCCCUUCCCGUCGCCCUCUCUCUCGCCCCUCCCUUCCCGUCGUGCUCUCUCUCUCUCCGCGCCCUUCCCGUCGCCCUCUCUCCCGUCGCCUUCUCUCCCAUCGCCCUCGCUCUCUUCUUCGCUCUGUCCCGGCGUUAUAUAUAUGCUUGCCUUCCGGCGAAGUGCUCUUUCGCCUCUCGCGCGAUCGUUACGGUUCCUGUCACUGUCGGCACCACGAAACGCUCUCGAGUAGUCGCCAUCGCGCUCCUCUCUACCCGCGCCAUCGCCCCUCCCUUCCCUUCCCCACGAUAUUGCCAUCAGCCUUUCCUUUCGAUCAGCGUACCUUUAUUCCAUCCCGUCUCGUCGCCCUCAAGAACUCCCCUACCUUCGCGUCUUCUUGUUGUUCUCCCAUCCCCUUUCUUCGCCCUCGGUGUCUCCGCUCCCCUCCCGUCUUUCUUCCUCUCUCCGCACCCCUAA